AUGCCGGCGCUGCUCAUGGACGGCGAGCUCGGGAGCCUAUGGAAGGUCUCGGCUGCUGUCUGGGCGGCCAUGUCGUACGCCCGCGUGGCCGCCGCGCGCACUAGCCCAGGCGCGGGCCGCCUCGCUGCGCUUAUGCCCGCCGUUGUGCUCUUCUACGGGAUCCCCUUCGCCUUCACCACCGCCGGGUUCCGCGGCAUCUCCGGCUUCUUCCUCAGCUGGCUCGGCACCUUCAAGCUCUUCCUCCUCGCCGCCGGCCGGGGCCCCCUGGACCCGUCCCUGCCCCUCCCCCAGUUCGUCUGCUCCGCCUCUCUACCCGUCAAGCUCCGGCAGUCCACCUCCUCCAGCAAAGCAAAGAAGCAAAACCCCGCUUCGGCGGCCACAAAGAUCCUCCUCUCCGGCGGCCUCAUCCCCUUCAUCUUGUACGCGUUCCAGUUCAAGGCGGCGAUGAGCCGGUGGCAGCUUCUCCUCCUGUACACCACGCUGAUCUACUUCGCCGUGGACUUCCUUCUGGCGUCGGUUCAGGGCGUGGUCCACGGCGUGCUGGGGAUGGAGAUGGAGCCGCAGGUGGACCGGCCGUACCUGGCGUCGUCGCUGCGGGAUUUCUGGGGCAGGCGGUGGAACCUCAUGGUGCCCGCCAUCCUCCGGCCGUCCGUGUACGGCCCGGUGCGCGCGCGCUUCGGCGUCGCGGCCGGCGUCCUGGCGUCGUUCCUCGUCUCCGGGCUCAUGCACGAGCUCAUCUUCUACUACCUCAUGUGGCAGCCGCCCAGUGGCGACGUGGCCGCCUUCUUUGUGCUCAAUGGAGCGUGCGCCGCGGCGGAGGCGUGGUGGGGGCGGCAUGCCGGCUGGUGGCGCCCGCCGCGGGUGGUGGCGGUGCCGCUCACGCUGGCGUUCGUCGGCGGGACGGGGUUCUGGCUCUUCUUCCCGGCCUUGAUCAGGGGCGGCCUCGACGAGCUUAUGCUACAUGAUUUCCAGGGGAUGCUGGCGCUCAUGGAGCAGGGCGGCCGGUGGCUUGCCGACGCCGCCGGUCCCGUUCUUUCGACUCGCUGA